GUUAUAGAGGACAUAUAUUAGUUUAAGGUUACAAAACUUUGCAAAACUCAAGGUUCUAAAGAUCCCAAUUUCUGCUGAGCUUCAUAAGUGUUGAUCCCGAUGUCUUCAUCAGCUUCUUCAGGAGUGAGCGAUAGGUUCUCUGUGAGAGGAAGAGGGAUCCCAAGACAAUGUAAAUGUGGUCAAUUCUCUGUGAUUAAGACUUCAAACACUUUGAAAAAUCCGGGGAGACUCUUUCAUUGUUGUCCUUCCGGAUCAGAGGAGGUAAUGUUUUCUUAAGUUAUAGAAUCUUAAGGUACACAAAGCUUCUCUUGAUUUGAAUUUUCGUUUAGCUUUCGAUCUUGCUUCGAGACAUUGGUUUAUCUCUCACCUUUCGUAAUUUGUCUACGUUGAUCUUAGUUUCACAUUCUCUAGCUGCUUAGGUUUUGUUGUACGUUGUAAAAAUGUGAUCUUUUUGGUUAUGAUAUGCUCUCAAGUUGUAUGAACAUAUGCAAAUUGUCCUCAUGAGUGUAUUUUUGUUGCAGAAUAAGCAUCAUUUGUUUAG